AUGACUAACGAGAUGUCUCUUAAAGAGAUCCUCAACGAUUUUGAGGAGAACUAUUCCAAGAGCCGUAAACUUUUGGAUGAAGACAGCAAAAAUGAUCCAGAAAAUAACCCUUACCUCUCAAAAUACAAAGCGAAAGAAAUAUUACAGAGUAUGCAUAUAGGUUUGAAGCAAUUGUUGGGUUCUGAAACAGGUUUGGAUGAUAUUAAAAUACGUGCUAUGUUAGGGGUUGUUUUACUCAACAUAGGCAGCAUAGAGAUGGAUACAGAAGAGUUGGCGUCAAGCGAGAAGACAUUGUCAGAAGCUGUCGAAUUACUUGAGCCACAUGGUAAUAGACCAGAAAUCGUUAUCACACUCGUAAGUGUGUAUAAUAAUUUGGGGAUCUUAUGGUUUAACCGUGAUGAACCAAUGAAGUCAAAAACUUAUUUGUUCAAAGCUAAGGAAUUAUAUGACGCUUUUAAAUUUACUUUGGAGUUACCCCUGCCUAUUGAGCAUGUUGUGAAGGAAUUAGAUGAGAAACUUACCGGUGAUACUUCUCAAUUAGAAAAAGCUUUUACAUUAACUCUGUAUUAUUUAGCUCAAGUAUAUGGUUCAUUAAACAAGAACUUAAAGUCAGCAGUGUACUGCCAUAUAACAUUACGGAGGCAGUUGGAACUAAAAGAUUAUGAUCCAAUUGAUUGGGCAUUGAAUUCUGCUACUUUAGCACAAGUGUUUGCAGAACGAGAUGGGUUUGUGCAGUCUCGCCACCACUUAGCAGCAGCUUCAAGUGUGUUAGAAAAGUAUCAAGAACAAUUAUUAUCUUCGGAGAGUCAAGAUGAAGUACAUUUGGCAAAGGUUGAGACAUUUAAUCAUAGAUCUGCAGAUGUAGCAAGAUGUUGGGCUAAAUAUUGCAUUUUAUUAAUGUCUACAUCUAGAGACAGGCUUAUGCAUGAUGAUGAAGAACCUUUUGAUUGUGAAACUGGUUUGUCAAAACUUACAUUUGAAGACCAUGAAGAGAUCAAAGGUAUUGAUGUCACCAAGUUAUCUUUCCCAGACCUUGAUGUCAGUAAGUACGAAAACCAAAUUGGACACCAAUACUUACUUACAUACCAAGAUGCUAGAGAAGUAUUCUUAAGUUGUCAAAUUUGGUUAAAUAAAGCAAAAGAAUACUAUAAACUUGAUACAUUAGCUUCAGAUUAUAUAGAAAUUGUUCAAGACAUUUCUCAGUCAUACAGCUAUUUGGCUUUCUUUGAAGAAGAUGAUGACAGACGCUCUAAAAUGCACAAAAGACGUGUUGAUCUGCUUGAAGAAUUACUAAAGCAAGUCAAUCCAGUAUACUAUUUACAGUUUUGCAGGCAAAUAUGGUUUGAACUUGGUGAAGUUUACUCAGAGAUGUUGAAUAUAAAGCUUGAUAAGCAGAAUAAACUUAAGGGGAAUCCGAUACCUCAUGCACUUAAAAAAAUAAACACGCUUUGUGAAAAAAGCAUUGAAAACUAUACUGCUUUCUUAAACUCUGUAAAAGAUAAAGAAGGAAAAAUGCCUGCAACAUUAACGGAUGAUUUAAUAAGACCUGUAAUAAGUGCAUAUGCCUUUAUAGGUAGAAAUAGCAUGAAGAGAAUUGCGGUAGAUAAGAGUAUGCAGUUAAUUCAUGUUCAACAGAGCCUGGACUCCUACCAGGCUGUUGUGGAUAUAUGUAUGGCAAGUGAGGCGGCUGCAGCAAAGAUGCAAGAGGAGUUUCAAUUAUGCAGAGAGAUGGUUAACAUUCUGCCUUUGAAGAUAAAGAAACUCCAAGAUGCUAUGUUUGAAUAG